AUGGCGGCCGGCGCGCCUACGGCGGCGCUGGUGGCGCUGGUGUGGUCGUCGCUGGCGCUCGCGGCGGCGGCGCAGAAGUACAAUGCCAUCUUCAACUUCGGCGACUCCAUCACCGACACCGGGAACCUCUGCACCAACGGGAGGCCGUCGUCGAUCACCUUCACGCAGCCGCCCUACGGCGAGACCUACUUCGGCACGCCGACGUGCCGCUGCUGCGACGGCCGCGUCAUCCCGGACUUCCUCAGCUCCAAGUUCGGGCUGCCGUUCCUGCCGCCGUCCAAGUCGACAACGGCCGACUUCAAGAAGGGCGCCAACAUGGCCAUCACCGGCGCCACGGCCAUGGACGCGCCCUUCUUCCGCUCGCUCGGCCUCUCCGACAAGAUCUGGAACAACGGGCCCAUCAGCUUCCAGCUGCAGUGGAUCCAGCAGGUCUCCUCCGCCGUCUGCGGGAACGACUGCAAGAGCUACCUGGGCAACUCCCUGUUCGUGUUCGGCGAGUUCGGGGGCAACGACUACAACGCGAUGCUGUUCGGCAACUACAACGCGGACCAGGCGAGCACGUACACGCCGCAGAUCGUGAGCACCAUCGCCAACGGCGUGGAGAAGCUGAUCGCGAUGGGCGCCAAGGACAUCGUGGUGCCCGGGGUGCUCCCCAUCGGCUGCUUCCCCAUCUACCUCACCAUCUACGGCACCUCCAACAGCGGCGACUACGACAGCCUCGGCUGCCUCAAGAAGUUCAACGACCUGUCCACGAACCACAACAACCAGCUGCAGAGCCAGAUCUCCAGCCUCCAGGCCAAGUACAAGUCGGCGCGCAUCAUGUACGCCGACUUCUACUCCGCCGUCUACGACAUGGUCAAGAACCCCGGCAGCUACGGCCAGCUUUCAAACAGCGCGCUCCAUCCAUCCAUCCAUGCACGACGCGGUUGGCCCCGUCCGUCGCAGAGCUGCCUCUUCAAUGCGUCGUCCUGCCCAGUCACCUCUACGCGUGCGCUGCGCAAGCGCGUGGGGCGUGUCCGCCGGCCCGUUCGAAAAAUGGAACAGGGCCGCGCUUAG